AUGACGAUACGUAACAGAGACAUUGUUGGUAAAGGCAAAGUCAUUCGACGCUACCAAGACAGUUACUUAACUUAUGGAUUUACAUGUGUUGAGAAGCAAGGCAUUCCACAACCGUUAUGUGUAAUAUGCGGGGACAUUCUUGCAAACGAAGCGAUGGUACCAAGCAAGAUGCAACGCCAUCUACAUACAAAGCACAAGACUUACACAGGUAAAAAUGAGACAUAUUUUAAACGUUUAUUAGAUGGGCAGCAGAAGCAAGCGCAUUUGUUUACUAAGCAUCUUACGGUUACAGACAAAGCGCAGCUAGCUAGCUUUCAAGUCGCAGAGUUAGUUGCCAAAAGAAUGAAACCACACAACAUUGUGGAGUCUUUGAUUAUGCCUGCAUGCAGAGUUAUGGUGAAAACAAUGCUUGGAGAAGAUGCAGAGAAAGUUAUAUGUAAAAUGCCAUCAUCAAAUAACACAGUUGCUAGACGGAUCGAAAUGAUGUCAGAGGAUAUCAGCAGCAGUGUGUGCAAUUUGCUUCAGACUUGCAAACGAUUUGCGCUACAGAUUGAUGAAUCUAUAGAUGUAAGUGGAAAAGCUCAGUUAAUGGCCUUCGUAAGGUUUUCAAAUGGAACAAAAAUGUUAGAGCAAUUCCUAUUUUGUAGAGAACUGAUAGAAACAAAAGGAGAGGAUAUCUUCAAAUGUGUGUCACAGUUCUUUGUCCAGAAUGGUUUACUGUGGGAAUGGUGCGUGGCUGUGUGCACGGAUGGAGCUCCAUCGAUGACAGGAAAUCUGCGUGGUUUUGCAAGUAUGACAAAACGCGAAAAUCCUAACAUUGUCACAACUCAUUGCUUCAUUCACAGGGAGGCACUUGUAAGUAAGACAAUGGGUACCGAUCUUCAGUCAGUCUUAAAUGAUGUGAUUAAGAUGGUAAACUUCAUAAAAGUUCGACCAGUCAAGUGCAGAGUUUUCGAGAUGUUAUGCAAGGACAUGGGGGCAGACCAUUAUACACUUUUGAUGCACACAGAUGUAAGAUGUCUAUCCAAAGGAAAAGUUCUGUCGAGGAUAUACGAGCUAAGAGAUGAACUAAGCGUGUUCUUCCUAACUGAGCAAGUUAAACAGAACUUUGUUCAAUUGUUGAGUGAUUCCACCUGGUGCAGCAAAUUAGCGUACCUAGUUGACAUUUUUGAAGUGUUAAAUGCACUGAAUUCGAGUAUGCAGGGCAACAAAUCAAACAUACUCUCUGUUACUGACAAACUAUGCGCAUUUCGUCAGAAACUUCAAAUGUGGUCACAUGAAAUAGAAGCAACUAAUUCAGUAGCUAUGUUUCGUCGUGCUGUUGAAGUUGAUCCUGGUGCAGUUGUGUUACAUGACAUAGUUAUUGAACAUUUAUCACAGUUGCAUGACAAGUUGCAACACUACUUUCCAAGUCUAACUCUUUUGGACAAAGAUUGGAUCAGAAACCCAUUUCAUAUCCAAGUUGAUAUGUCUGGCUUACAAUUACUGGAAAAGGAACAGCUUAUUGACGUUGCAGCUGACAGUACACUGCGACUGAAGUUUCUGGAAAUGAAUUUAGUAGAGUUCUGGAUUAUGGUUGAAAAAGAAUACACAUUGAUAGGCAGUAAGGCAGUCGGAAUACUGCUUCCCUUCAGCACUACUUACCUGUGUGAGAAGGCAUUUUCAGCAAUGACACUUAUCAAAACAAAACACAGAGGGUGUUUACAAGCACUUGAAAACGACUUACGAGUGCGUCUGUCAACUGCCGUUAACGCUCAAAUUGAAAAACUUUCACGGUCCUUGCAAAGCCAACCGUCACAUUAA